UGUGGGUAAUAUACUUCGGCGAAGAUGCGGGCUUCGCCGAAGUGAGGAUUGAGGGCACAAAGGGUGCGGGGCGGGGCUAAGGACCACUCUGGGACACAGCACGCGAACCCGUCAACGGGAACGCGCAAUUUCAGGGACACAAGGGUGGAAGUAUUGGGACAGGGCCCUGUGUUGUGCGCACGCGCACCAUCUGCGCGUGUCUGAGAUGGAGCGGGUGUGCUCCUGAGGUGGUGAUGAUGGCAACAGGGGAGCGCAGAGAGAAUGAGAAGUUGUCGGUAAUGGCGGAUAAAUCUUCCACACUGUACGUGAAGCUGUUUGCCGCCGUGUUUUACGGUCUCAGUUCGUUCCUCAUCGUCGUGGUGAACAAAAGCGUCCUCACUAACUACAGGUUUCCCUCAUCAAUAUGCGUGGGAAUAGGACAAAUGUUCGCCACAGUAAUUGUGCUGUGGGUGGGCAAGGCUGCGAGGGUGAUCACCUUCCCAGAUUUGGAUGAAAGUAUACCUCACAAGACAUUUCCUCUACCUCUCCUGUAUGUGGGAAAUCAAAUCACUGGUCUUUUUGGUACCAAAAGGCUCAAUCUGCCGAUGUUUACAGUCCUCAGGAGAUUCUCCAUCCUAUUCACGAUGCUGGCUGAGGGAUUUCUGCUUAGGAAGAAGUUCUCCAGGCCUGUUCAGCUGACAGUGUUUACAAUGAUGCUUGGGGCGUUCAUAGCCGCAAGUGCCGACUUAUCCUUUGACCUGCAAGGCUAUGUCUUCAUUCUGAUGAAUGACGUUCUAACUGCAGCCAAUGGAGCCUACGUAAAGCAAAAAUUGGAUGCAAAGGAGUUAGGGAAAUAUGGAUUAUUAUACUAUAAUGCAUUAUUUAUGAUCCUGCCCACUCUUCUGUUGGCUGAAGUGACAGGAGACAUGCAAAAGGCAGCAGACUUUGAUGGCUGGUCUGAUGUGUUUUUCCUCUUGCAGUUUGUCCUCUCCUGUGUCAUGGGGUUUAUUCUUAUGUAUUCCACUGUACUAUGCACACAGUACAACUCCGCAUUAACGACUACUAUCGUGGGAUGCAUUAAGAAUGUCCUGGUGACGUACAUUGGGAUGGUGUUCAGUGGAGACUACAUUUUCUCUUGGACUAACUUCCUAGGGUUGAACAUCAGUAUUGCUGGCAGCUUGGUGUACUCGUACAUCACCCUCACAGAGGAGCAGUCCAACACACCCAGCGACAGCACCAAGCUCGAGAUCAAGGGGAAGGUAGUUGUGUGACAGACACUGGAUUUGGUCCUUUUAAUGCCGGUGAAUGGAAAAACUCUAUUUCUAGUGCUCCUUUUAUUUAUGGAGUGCCCCAAGAGGCAGAAUAAUGGAUGUCUCGGAAAUGAUGCUCCAUAAACGUUUCGUAGUGUGUCUUAAUGGAAAAGAAGCUGCACCAUCAUCCCCACCCCUCAUGCUGCUGCCAUGAUUACAAAAUCCUCCAGAGGGAUCGCUGCAGGAUUUUUUGAUGAUGUUUUAUGUCUUAUAAUACUGUAACUGGGAGUAUUAAGAACAAGGGAACAAUAUUUAUAUUCAGUAAUUUUCAGUUUUUUAGAUGGAAACUUUAUAUUUCAGGGUUUGAACAUUUUAGAGUUCAAUCUUGGGAUGAUGUAUUAUCAUCUGUUGAAAGCAUGAGUGUACUGAUGCAUCACUGGGAUAAAAGUCAUGGUUAUCUGAAAGGCACCGUUUCAUUUUAAAGCCUUUUCUGUUGUGCUGUUUACAAGGCAUGUGACCUUUGAUGCCCUCUGAGAACCAUGAAAUGCACUGACGACGUCUAUCCCUCAGUCUUCAGCCUUUAACGUUUUGCAGUUUUUUGGGAGAUGCUGCUGUAAACCUGUUCCAGGCUUUAUGGCAGUGAUGUGGGGAGAUGAAAAGACUGUAUCUUUAUCAAUAUUACAGAGUUCUGUUUUUUGUGGACUCUUAAAUCCUGCAACUGGUUCUGUCGAUGAAGAAUUGACAAAACCUAGUAUGGUUUUGUUUGCAUUGUUUUUUAAUUUUUUUACACAGUUGCACUUUUAACAUGGGUACCUCUUACAAAGCAGUAAAAACAAAUUCUCACCUGGUGUUACAUUUGAUUGGUGAAACUUAGAGAUUAUUGCACGAUCUUGGAAUUCAAGUUUCUUAGGGCUUUUAAGUAUUACAAGUGGAUCUGUUUUAUAUUUAUUCCCGUUUUUAGUCCUUUUCUCUCUGCAUUGAAUGAUAAUGAAUCAUUGAUGAUUUGUAGCUGGAAAAAUUGUAUUUUUACAUUGAAAAAGAACCUAGGCAUUUUACUUUUUUCAUUUUCUUUCAAUAAAACUUUUUUAUGAAGCUCA